CUCCUCUCAUAUGACGCGGAAAGUUCUGCUUAUGCACAGCAGUGUGUGUGUCCGAGCUUCACUCCAGUGCGUGAUGGAUCUCAUCUUCACUACACACUGGAUUUGGAAAACAGCCCAAACUGCAUUUCUUUUUCCAAUUACUAGGAUGGUUAAACUUUCUAAACAGGCAGCUUGAGAUUUUUUAUUGCUUCUAAACACAUGCACACAGGUGUGUGUGUUGGUAACACUGCCUGAGAGUGUUUUUGCUAGUGUGUGCGUGUGUGUGUGUGUGUGUGGUUUUUUUUUUUUUUUUUUGCCUUUUUGCAACUGUAAGACGAAAAUCAGAAAAAGCAAAGAGAAGCUGAGAGGACGCAUGGACUUCAUUCAGGCUCCUCAGCUGUUCUUUUCUUGGUGUGUGUAACUGUGAGUGUUGUGGUUGUGUGUGACGAUGUUUCGGACACUGAUUGUGCUGCUGUGUUGUGUGUCGGCACUGCUGCAUGUGUCUCCAGCGGCCGAGCGGAUUAAAGUUCUCUUCACGCCAACCAUCUGCAGGCUGCGCUGCUCCAACGGACACUGCUCCAACUACUGCGAGCGAGGCAAUAUUACCACACUGUACAGCAAUGAGGAUGCCACACACACCUCCGGCUUCAGAGUGUUUUUGUGCCCCAUGUUGUGUAAAAAUGGAGGUGUGUGCAUUCAGAAAGAUCGAUGCCUCUGUCCUUCCAACUUUACUGGAAAGUUCUGCCAUAUCCCCGCAUCUUCAUCUUCCCCCUCUGCCAAUGAGGUUGAGAAGCCCUCGAGGGGUAAUUUUCCAGCCAGUCAGGGGAUGAUGCAUUCGGAGUACGUCCUUCCUUUACAGAGUCGACAGCAGAACCACACCAACGGGUCUCCUAUGGUGACAGUUCGAGUCCGUCAUCCUCUUGAAGCAACGGUGAAGAUCCACCAGGUGGCGAAGGUCACUUCAGGUUCAGGCUUGGAGACGGUGUGGCGAUCAUCAGGGGUCUCGGGUUCUCUGGGGUCCCGGGGUCAUAGCAGCGCGAUUCUGGCAGACAGAGCAGAGGCUACACCCGCUCUCGUCCAGGCCCAAACCUUCAGGGGAGACUCUAUCUACACAGAGGUGUCUGGGUUUAAAUAUUGCUUCAGAGAAGUUCGCAACGGACAGUGCAGUUCUCCGCUGCCUGGGCUCCGCAGUCAGGAAACCUGCUGCAAGGGAGAUGGUUUAGCAUGGGGAAUAAAAGAGUGUACACUCUGCCCUCCAGUAUCAGGAAGUGGCACAAGUGGAGAGAAAAGCUGUCCGAAAGGCUUUGAGAGGGUUAAUGGUACACAGUGUGUGGAUAUUAACGAGUGCUUGCAGCCGGGUUUCUGUGAGAACGGGAAGUGUGUGAACACCCGUGGAAGCUACAGCUGUGUUUGCAAACCCGGUUUCUUAUUGGACGCCUCACAUGGCAUCUGUAUCUCCCAGAAGGUGAUCUCAGAGGAGAAGGAUCAGUGUUUCCGUAUAGUCUCUCAGGGCUCUUGCUCUUUGCCCAUCCUGAAGAACAUCACCAAGCAGAUCUGCUGCUGCAGUCGUGUCGGUAAAGCCUGGGGAAGGAAGUGUGAGGCCUGCCCAUAUUUUGGAUCUGUUGAAUUUAAGGAGAUUUGUCCUGCUGGUCCUGGCUACCAUUACUCCCCCAACACGCUGAAAUUGAAUCAGAGGGUUACAGAACCACGCAACCCUGCACUGGUUUCUCAGACGAACCGCACGUUGACUACAGUGACUAGAUAUGAUACAUCAUUAUUACAAUCAACAACAAGAAAUGAGCCACCACAAAACCAAAGACCAACGAGGCCUCAGUCUGCAACUAUCACCCAUAACGUCAGGAUUCAGCAGUCCAGUGCUGGUCAGAAACAGCCAAUCACGUCAGAAGUUUUCAUCAUUCAGAAUGAACCACAGCUGAGUCAGCACAGACAAACAGGAGGUCCUGCUUCACCAACUAGCCAGCCAAGCAGAGAACUUCCCCACAAACGUGUGUGUGAGGCUAACCCUCAGGUUUGUGGGCCGGGUCGGUGUGUCGAUAUACCCGGAGGGAAACACACAUGUGCGUGUAAUCCUGGGUUCAUCCUGAAUUCUCAAGCAGGUCAUUGCCAAGAUAUAAAUGAGUGUUUGUUGAAUCCGAGGCCGUGUCUGUCUGGUCAGUGUGAGAAUACAGUGGGAAGUUUUCGGUGUGUGUGUCCUCCAGGCUACCGGAGCGAUGCCCAGCAAAACCGUUGCACAGAUAUUGAUGAGUGUCGUCUGAUCCCUAACCGUUGCACUAAUGGACGCUGUGAGAACACACUCGGCAGCUUCAGGUGUGUGUGCAGGACAGGAUACAAAUUUCAGAACAACACUUGCACAGACAUUGAUGAGUGUGAUGACCCUCUCCGCUGUCCGGGGAAGGAGUGCAUAAACACUCAAGGUUCCUACAACUGUGUGCCCUGCAAACCUGGAUUUGGACUCCUUAAUGGCCAGUGCACAGAUAUUGAUGAGUGUCGUCAGCGUUCGUCGCUUUGCUCUAACGGCCGCUGUGAGAACACACCUGGCAGCUACAGAUGUGUGUGUAAUAAAGGGUUCAAGCUGCAGGGUAGCAUCUGCACAGAUGUGAAUGAAUGUGACGACUCUCUGCAGUGCCCUGGUCAGGAAUGUAUUAAUACUCUGGGUUCAUAUAGAUGUGUGUCAUGUGGCCCUGGGUUUGCAAUAACCAACAGAAGAUGCACGGAUAUCGAUGAGUGUCGUCAGGUUCCUGCUCCCUGUGCUAAUGGCCGCUGUGAGAACGCACCUGGCAGCUACAGAUGUGUGUGUCAUACAGGAUACAAGCUUCAAGACAACACGUGCAAAGAUAUAAAUGAGUGUGAGAAUCAUCUGCAGUGUCGUGGUCAGGUGUGUGUGAACACUCCAGGUUCCUACCGGUGCACAUCCUGUAGAGCUGGAUUCAGCUUUCAUAAUGGACAGUGCACAGAUGUGGAUGAGUGUGCUCAGAACACACGUCUCUGUGCUAACGGACGCUGUGAAAAUACCCCCGGAAGCUUCCGAUGUGUGUGUCGACCUGGAUUCAGAUUGGAGGCGAACACCUGUACAGAUGUGGACGAGUGUGAGAACGAGCUUCAGUGUCCGGGGCAGAAGUGUGUGAACUCUGUUGGCUCUUUCAAGUGUGUUUCGUGCAGUCCAGGCUUCGAGAUCAUUAAUGGCCAAUGUCAAGAUGUGGACGAGUGCAGACGGACUCCAUCCCCAUGCUCUAACGGCCGGUGUGAAAACACUCCUGGCAGCUUCAUGUGUGUGUGUCGCUCUGGAUUCAAACUGCAUGGAAACACCUGCACAGAUGUUGAUGAGUGUGAGAGCUCUGGAAUAUGUGGGCCAAAGAGUGUGUGUGUGAACUUGGACGGUUCAUACAGGUGCGAGUGUUUGCCCGGGUUCCGUGCUACAGGACCUGGACGCCAGUGCCGAGACAUUAAUGAAUGUUCAGAGGGCGAGUUCUGCUUCCCUAGAGGAGAGUGUGUGAACACAGAGGGCUCAUACAAGUGUGUGUGCUCUCAGGGUUACCACACAAGUGCCAAUGGGACUCUAUGUCAUGAUGUGAAUGAGUGUGCCCGAGAUGGAGUGUGUGAGGACGGACACUGCGUCAACACUGACGGCUCGUUUGUGUGUCACUGCAAACCUGGUUUCACUGCCAAUCCUGAAAAAACAGCCUGCCUGGAUGUGGAUGAGUGUGCGGACUCUGGUGGGAGUGUAUGUGGUUCUCAGCGCUGUGAGAACACCAUCGGCUCGUUUCACUGCUUCGUCACCUGUGAACCUGGAUACAGCCUCACAGCUACAGGAGAGUGUGUGGACAUUAACGAGUGUGCAAACAAGAGUGUGUGUGGCCAUCACAUGUUCUGUCAGAAUCUGAUUGGAACAUAUCAGUGUAUCUGUGACCAGGGGUAUGAAACAGCACAAGACGGACAGUCCUGUGUGGACAUUAAUGAGUGUGCGGUGAUGGCGGGUGUGUGUGGAGCGGCACGCUGUUGGAAUGUUGAAGGUUCAUUCACAUGUGAAUGUGAGAAUCGGCAGGAAGAAUUUGACCCACUUACACGACAGUGUGUGACCACAGGGCCAGGGUCAUCAUCACUCCCACCUCAGCCGGGAGAGCAAAAAGAGUGUUACUCUAGAGUGGAUCGGAGGGGCCAGUGUGCAGUUCUAUCCUCUAAUACGACUGUACAGGAGUGCUGCUGCACUGUGGGGCAAGCCUGGGGGCUCAGGUGCCAAUACACUCUCUGCCCACAAGCUGGAACACCUGAAUUCCAAGCAAUGUGUCCGAACGGACCCGGCUAUGUGACUUCUGCAGUGGGGGCCUUCAGCUAUAGGGACGUGGACGAGUGUAAACUCUUCGACCCGGAUUUAUGUAAAGGUGGUGUGUGUGUAAACAACAUCCCUGGUUACUCGUGUUACUGCUCCAGUGGAUACUACUAUGACGUGAACUUAAUGGAGUGUAUAGACAAUGAUGAGUGUGAGAGUGGGGAUAUGUGCCCGGGUGGUCAGUGUGUGAACACACUCGGUUCAUAUUACUGCAAGUGUGAGCCACCUUUAGUGCUGGAUAACACACAGCGCUCCUGUGUCAACAAUUCAGGCCUCACUGUGGAUGAGAACCUCUCAUUCUGUUGGCUGCAUGUAACAGCUGAUCUGGUGUGUCAGAGACUUUUGCAAAGAAUUCAAAUGACAUUUGCGGAUUGUUGCUGUUUAUAUGGAGAAGCAUGGGGGCUUCAGUGUGCUCUGUGUCCCCGCAGAGACGAGGAGGAAUAUGAGACAAUGUGCAGCUCUUUCGGUCCUCCUCCAAACUCUCCUCGGUAUACAGAGCGUUUUGCCCCACUGCCGGGGGGAGGAGGGGGUUACAGAACGCCGUAUGCUGCCCCCUUUUACCCGGACUUACCCUCGUUUGAUUACAAUGACUACGGUGCAGGAACAGGACACAGAUCUGGAUUGAGGACAGGACCUGACUCAUAUACCCCCUUCAUGCCUCCUGGACUCGGCCCCAGGCGUUACUAUGAGGAGGAAGAUUAUGACUCAGCUGCUGCUCCUCCAUUUGCACCAGAUCCUCGUACCGAACGCUUCUACGGCUCAAGCUUUAUCCGACCCUCCCUCACUGAAGGUGAAGAAGACGAGGAGUCAUGGAGAGGCCCUGCCCCUUUCCCACCCUUCACUGACAGAAGACCAGGAAGUGAAAGACCACGGAGAGUCUACGAAAGGCCUUACGAGUCAUUCGCUGGCCUGCCAGAGUUUGAGUGUGGUAUACUGCAGGGCUGUCAAAAUGGCCGCUGUGUUCGUGUAGGUGAAGGAUACACCUGUGACUGUUAUGAUGGAUAUCAGCUCGAUAUCGCCUCUAUGACCUGUAAAGAUGUGGAUGAGUGUGAGGAUCCAAUCUAUCCAGAGUGUAUAAAUGCACGGUGUGUAAACACAGAAGGUUCAUAUAGGUGUGUGUGUCUGAGGGGAUUCAUCGCGUCACGCAGACCAAACUACUGCAUACCUGCUUAAUCAAAAGACACACACACACACACACACACACUUACAGCAAGAAUGCUGACUCAAUUAGCUAUUAACUACAUCCUAUUUUAUUGGAUUAUUUUAUUGACACUAUAGUUUUUAUCUGUUAUGGCUGUAAAUUGUUUUUUUUAUAUAUAUUUUUAUAUAUAAUUUUCCAGAUAUUACACAAAUGCAAUAUACAAACCAUUUAAGCACAAAACAUUUUUACUCUGUAAAAGUUUGGCUAUCUGAGAUGCAGAUUGAGACACUGAUACAGUAAACACAAAUAAGUAGAGUUUAUUUGAACCCGGUUAUGAAUGCACAUUUAUUUGAAUGUCAUUAGAUGUUAUGUUUGAUGAAUGAACUUCAGUGUCAUAGAGUUCUAAAGCAUCUUUAUGUUUGUGAUUGUACGGUUGUGUAUCGCUCAUGUGUAACACAAUGCACUGUAUUUGUUGCCUUUUGAAUUUGACAGUGAUUAAUUGUUUUUCAAUGAUGUUCGCUCAUUGUAUUGCCUUAUAUUUUUGAUACAGCUAAUUCAGAGGUGUCAAAAAUAAAUUUGCAAAUAUUAUAGUUCAUUUUCAUGUUUCUUGUUCAUGCCAUAUCAUAUUUCCUAAUCUAUAAAAUAAUCACUGUCACAACCCUAAAAGUAAAGCUGUGUCCCAAAUGAUGGAUUUCAUGACAAAUUAGUGUCUUAUUGCAAUGUCUUCCAUUUUGGCUCUGUCCCAAAUGCUAGAAUACAUUUCUAGGUAGUGUUUGUACUAGAAUAUCCAGCAUUUUAAGGCUCUGUGUAAUGCAGUUCUGUCCUCGCAAGAGCAAGGACAGGGGCCCUAUGGGACUGGGGGGGUGAAAGGGUUAAAGGAGAGUAGAACUAUAUAGGCUAACAUGUCAUUGAUGCACAUGUUGUAUGCAGUUUUUGUACAUUUAUAAAUUUUCGUUUAUGUUCACAAUCCAGGUGCAUGAUAAUUACAGUUGUUUUUUUUUCCCA